GAGCCUGGGCGGGGAGCGAGGAAAACUUCCUGGCCUAGGCUCCCGGAGGCUCUGCUUGCCAGCCCUCCAAUCCCGCCCGCCGGUGCCCGGCGCUUCCCCGCCCCUCCCCCGGCUCCCCCAGUGUCCGCCAUGGCCAAAGCCUACGACCACCUCUUCAAGUUGCUGCUGAUCGGGGACUCGGGGGUGGGCAAGACUUGUCUGAUCAUUCGCUUUGCAGAGGACAACUUCAACAACACUUACAUCUCCACCAUCGGCAUCGAUUUCAAGAUCCGCACUGUGGACAUAGAGGGGAAGAAGAUCAAGCUGCAGGUCUGGGACACAGCUGGCCAAGAGCGAUUCAAGACGAUAACUACUGCCUACUACCGGGGAGCCAUGGGCAUCAUCCUGGUGUAUGACAUCACGGAUGAGAAAUCCUUCGAGAACAUCCAGAACUGGAUGAAGAGCAUCAAGGAGAAUGCCUCGGCCGGGGUGGAGCGCCUGCUGCUGGGAAACAAGAGCGACAUGGAGGCCAAGAGGAAGGUGCCUGGGGAGCAGGCGGACAAGCUGGCCCGGGAGCACGGAAUCCGAUUUUUUGAGACGAGCGCCAAAUCCAGCAUGAAUGUGGACGAGGGAAACAGCGGCAAGCCCCCCAGCGCCGACCUGAAAACCGGUGACAAGAAGAACGCCAAGUGCUCCCUGGGCUGAGGACGCCUGGUGGCCUCCCCGCCCCAAGCCUGGAGGCUGAGCCUGACGGGGGCAGGGCCGAGGGGCUGGGGGGCAGGCAGGCGGGGCCUGGAGGGGUAGAGAUGGAUACGAGGUGAGCGAGCGGAGGGAAAAUGGAGAAGAAAGGAGGAAGGCGAAGGAACGAGGAGAGACGGAAAGGAGGCAGAACGGAGGGGGGAGAAGCCAGAGGGGAAGGACGCAGGAAGAGGGAGGAGGUGAGGGGAGGUGGGGAGAGAGGGCGCGGGAGGGCGGCCCUGGGCCUCAGGCCUGCCCGGGUGCCCGGGGCAAAGCCGGAUGUGGACAAAUGGCUGAUUCUGGUACCCGGCAGGUUUGAGGGUCCCAUGAGAGGCUGGUCAGUACCGCCCUCUGAGGGUUCGGUCCUAUCCUGUCACUCUGCAUGGUCUCAGCAUUAAAGGCCACCAUCUGCACAGAC